AUGGCUCAAGCUAUUGGAACCUUCGAUACUGGACACUCAGGUCCAGUACAUGAUACCCAGCUAGACUAUUAUGGAAGGAGACUAGCUACAGCCUCUUCAGAUCAUACAAUUAGGAUUUUUGAUGUAUCAACAGACCAACCAACUUUUUUAGUAGAGCUUAAGGGCCAUGAAGGACCUGUUUGGCAAGUAUGCUGGGCACAUCCAACAUUUGGGAGUGUUCUAGCGUCAUGUUCUUACGAUAAGCGUGUUAUUGUUUGGAAGGAAAUUCAUCGUGGACACUGGGAAGCUGUGUACUCUUGUGACGACUUUACAUCCUCUGUUAAUGGUAUCUCAUGGUGCCCCUGGGAAUAUGGUUUACAAUUUGCUUGUGCUGUAGCUGAUGGCACUGUAGCUGUAUGCUCCUAUAACUCUGAGAUACGUAAUUGGACUAAGAAACAUGUCUUUGGGCACCCUAAUGGAGCUAAUGCUGUAUCUUGGGCCCCUGCAAUAAAUAAUACUACCAUUUCAGCAUCUCAACAAGUGAUCAGGCUUGUAUCUGGUGGUUGUGAUAACAAAAUUCGAAUCUGGAAACAAGAUCCUCAAACUGGUGAAUUAGCAGAUAUAGGGCAUACAUUAGAUGUUGCUCAUACAGAAUGGGUUCGGGAUGUAGCAUGGCGACCUUGUGUUGGUUUAUUAACUGACACUAUAGUUUCAUGUGGAGAUGACAAAACAGCCGUUAUUUGGACUCAAGAUGCAGAUGUACAGGGUUGGCGAAGUAUGCAAGUUUUAAAUUUUAAUUCACCUGUAUGGAGGGUUUCUUGGAGUGUUACAGGUACUAUUUUGGCAAUUUCAAGUGGUGAGGAUAUAGUUACUCUUUUUAAGGAGAAUUCUGACGGACAUUGGGAAGUACUAACAAAAAUAUCAAAUCAUUCUGAAAAACCAAAUAUAUCUGUAGAGACUGAUAGUUUUUUUGGAGAAGUAUCAAAUAUACAGAGUACAGAAACCUCAUCUCAACAAUUUAUUAGACAAACUGGAGUAUCUAACAUUGGGCAUCCUAAUAUGGGAGAUUCAGUAGGUAUAGAAGCUGUACCUUUUGAAGACCAAUUCAGAAGAUCUACGGCAAAUCAACCAACUCCAUCUAUGUAUGUCUCACCAUCACCUCCUUCAAUGUCGAACUCUUUAGUACACCCUCUAGCAACAUCUCCCACACCUUCCUCUGUAUCACAUCCUACUUCAAUGAUACCUCCUACUACAAUGUCAUCAACUGCUCCAAUCCCAUCAUCUCAAGCGCUGCCAAUUACUUCAAUACCACCACCACAUACUCCACUACUACCAUCAUCUAAUUCGAUGCCACCACCAUCAUCUAAUUCGAUACCGCCACCAUCAUCUAAUUCGAUACCUCCACCAUCAUCUAAUUCAAUACCGCCACCAUCAUCUAAUUCAAUACCACCACCAUCAUCUAAUUCAAUACCACCACCAUCAUCUAAUUCAAUACCACCACCAUCAUCUAAUUCAAUACCACCACCAUCAUCUAAUUCAAUACCACCACCACCACCACCACCACCUAUUUCAAUGCCGUUACCUUCAGCACUUCAGAUAACCCAGAAACAUAUGUCCACACCAUCUUCUAUGGCAUCUGCAGUACCUCCACCGCAUCCAAUAACUAAUUCUGCCUCAUCUCCCUCUAAUCCCUCUUUUAUGCAAGUUACUAACUCUAAGACAUCACUAGUAACUCCACUUGGAAUGCCUCCAAUUCCCCCAAGAAGUACCACAAUUCCAUCGAGUUCAUCUAUAUCAGGAAUGGGUCCUAAUAAUAUUCAAAACCAGACUACUUCAAAUUCUUCCCCUGUUAUGCCUCCACCACCUCCACCAUUAUCUCAUGUUGGUAUGCCACCAUCUGUUACAGCACCUCCUCCUCCAGGUAUUAGAAGAUAUCCAGGAAUCCAGUAG